UUUCCUUCCAGCUUUCUGUCAUUCUGUGUCUGUGCGUAAAAACAGAACCGCCGGGCUCACCGUGAUGAGCGGGCUCCGGAGUUUCUGCUGCGCCAGGAUUUAACUCACAGCUCUGACUGCGGAUUUACCGACUUUCAUGGCUGAGCACCAAGUGUCUGGAGGGAAACCCUGCAUUUCAACUUGGAUUAAUGUUUCGACCAUGAGGAUACCUACGCGUGGGAAUGGAUCCGUGAACGCUACAGUGUAGGAUCCACUGGUCAGAAAGUAGAGUGAGGUAGCACGUACCUGCAUCAGUAACAUACAGUGCCUGCAUCUUUGAAUCCAGGAGCUAUGCAAGGAGCCUGUGUCUGGAUUGUCAGAGUUUUUGCGCUGCUGCUGUUGCUUUGGUCAGACCUCCUGGACUGCCAGCACACAACAGACCACAGGAAGGUUCCUCAGAGGGCAGAGCACCAACAGGAGUUCAGGGCAGAGCAUGGAGAAAUUCAAGGCUCUUGGGGCGCCUGGGGGUCCUGGUCAACCUGCUCCCGGACCUGUGAAAGAGGGGUACAAGAGCAGAGCAGGCCCUGCCUGCCCAUUUACACUCCAUCCCAGUACCCCUCGAGAAGAGCUGGAAGUCAUCCCCAGCAACCAGGUCAUGUCAUCUCGGCCCUGCAGCCAACAGUUCCUCUGCACCGCAACACAGGCAGGCCUUCCAACAGCAGCAGUCGUGGAGAGCUGAGGAAGGAGACCCAACCAGGUGCACGAAGGAGGAUCAGUCACAUCAUUCCGGGGAGGUAUGGCUACGGGAGAGCUCCUCACGUUGCUCCGUCGCAGACGGACAAAGGCCAUGGAUCUGGGAUGGCUCGCCCCCAGAGACAGAGACGGUCUUCUGUGACUGAUGCCCACCAUCUCACCGCUAGAGGCCACGGUGACCAUAGGUCUAACAACCUGGACCCCUCAAACAACCUCCAUCGCUACAGCAGACCCUACAUACAGCCAAGUGCACAGCAGCCCAAAAAUAAGCAAGUCUGGGCUCCCCUCUACCAACCUGGUUCAGCCAACCAGCCUGAGGAGCAGGAACCACAAUCAGGCAGCCAGACCUCUGGGCCCCAGCAACACCAGGAGAGACCCUAUAACCCCUUACCUACUUCUUUCUGUACAGGGGAGCAUGCUCGCUACAGGAUCUGCAACAGUAAUGCCUGUCCUCCAUCCAGCAGACCCAUCAGGGCUGUUCAGUGUUCCUCUUACAACAACCAACCUUUCAUGGGCAGAUUGUAUGAAUGGGAACCUUUCAAUGAGGUUCCAGGGGAUCAGCAUUGUGAACUCAACUGCCGGGCCAUAGGGUUCAGGUUCUAUGUGCGGCAGUCGGACAGGGUGAUUGAUGGGACGCCAUGUGGACAGAAUGAUACCUCUCUCUGUGUGGCAGGAAAGUGUACGAGUCUAGGCUGCGAUGAGUAUCUCGGAUCAGGAAAGGUGAUGGACAAGUGCGGCGUGUGUGGAGGUGACAACACAACCUGCAGGCUGGUCUCCGGAGUCUUCAAACACAGUCUGACCAAAAUUGGUUAUCACAAGAUAGUGGAGAUCCCAGAGGGAGCCACCAAGAUCAACGUCACAGAGAUGGUGAAGAGCCGGAACUACCUAGCUCUCCGAAGCCGAUCGGGGCGAUCCAUCAUUAAUGGAAACUGGGCCAUUGACCGACCAGGGAAGUACGAAGGAGGGGGGACCAUGUUCACCUACCGCCGACCCAAUGAAAUCAGUAGCACUGCUGGGGAGUCCUUUCUUGCUGAAGGGCCCACCAAUGAGAUCCUGGAUGUUUAUAUGAUCUUCCAGCAGCCAAACCCUGGUGUUCAUUAUGAGUACAUUCUUCCCUCUGAGAAAUCAGUUGGCCCUCAACAACCAAACCACAGACCAGAAGGGAACGCUGUGAAUGGACAGGGUGAAUACGACCAUCACAGCAACACUCACCAAGAAAACUACAAUCCAGCAGGUGGAGGGAGGUACCCUCCUCGUCUCCCGGACAACCAGGUACCCGCUGUACAACCACCCAGACGUGAGCGAGAGUACAACUGGAAAAUGACAGGUUUUACGGAGUGCAGUGCCUCCUGUGGUAAAGGAUUCAGAUACUCCGUCUUUCACUGUGUCCACCGGCUGAAUCAUGUCCAGGUAUCUGAUGCUCUAUGUGACAGCAGCAGCAAGCCGAGUCCACAGGAGGAGGCCUGCAACCUGCAGCCCUGCCCAGCAUUUUGGGAUAUUGGAGAGUGGUCAGAAUGCAGCAAGACCUGUGGCCUGGGCAUGCAGCACCGUCAGGUCCUGUGUCGCCAGGUUUACGCCAACCGCACCCUCAAUGUCCACACGAGCCGCUGCCGACACCUGGAGCGGCCCGAAACUGCCAGCACCUGCCAGCUGAAGAUCUGCAGUGAGUGGCAGAUCCGCUCCGACUGGACCACUUGCUCUGUGCCAUGUGGGCUGGGUCAGAGGUCGCGAGAGGUACGCUGUGUCAGCAACGUGGGCGACUUUGUUCCUGACGAGGAGUGCAACAUGAAUCUGCGGCCCGUCGAUGUAGAGAACUGUGAUAUGGGAGCCUGUGCCAAGAGCUGGUUUUACACUGACUGGGGCAAUAGGUGUUCUGCUGAAUGUGGGAUGGGUGUACGGACCAGGGGAGUCCUCUGCCUGACCAACCACAUCAGCAGCCUUCCUCUGGAGGGGUGCGGCAGCGAGCGGCCUGCAGAUUCUCAGGUCUGCAACAACGGCCCCUGUGAGAACCGCAUAGAGUGGUUCACAGGCCCCUGGAGCCAGUGCUCUGCAGAGUGUGGCGCAGGCAGCCAGCAGAGAUCAGUGGUCUGUCUGAUGAAGUCAGAUGAAGGAUUCACUGUCAUGCCACCGUAUGAGUGCUCCUCCCUGGAGCGACCCCUCAGCCAGCAAAGCUGCAACCUUAAGGCCUGUGGAGCAAAGUGGUAUCACACUGACUGGAGUGCUUGUUCAAAAACAUGUGAGGGAGGCUUCCGUGUGCGGGAGGUGCGCUGCCUCUCUGAUGACAUGCUGUCCAGUGAGGGCUGUGACGAGCUGCUGAGACCAGCAGAGAAGGAGGACUGUAACCCAGAGCCCUGCAUACCCCGCAUAGAUGAGAACUGCCGGGACAAGUACUUCAACUGCAACGUGGUGGUCCAGGCUCGCCUCUGCGUGUAUGAUUACUACAAGACGACGUGCUGUGCUUCAUGCUCACGAGUGGCCCACAGACAGUCGAUUCAUCGGGGCCACAGCUAGCAGUUUUUACCACGGUCCCUCAGCUCCAUGUCGGCCCAGACUCUGUACCCGCUGCAGGCACUCUGAUCCUGUGCCAGCCAGGGGAGUGGACUGGCUGGACCUUACCUAAAAAGGACACUUGUUUUGUUUGCCAAGGAUGGAAACUGAAGAAGGAACAUUUCUGCCGGCUCAUUUGGCGACAGCUGUUGGGAGAAAGGCAUACCUAAGAAUAAUGGACGACAGGAAUCCAUUCACUGGGUAAACAGAGCCCUAGUGAGGUGAGAGACAUCAGUAGCAAACUGAGGAACAUACAAAACGCCUUAUGGAUUAUAACCUACAACUUCUAAUAAUUCUUUGUUGUUUCAUGAGAAACAGUUUGCAGCUGUCUCUUAGCGAAAAUGGAUCUUGAAGUGGAUUAACUAUGAAGAGGGGAACACCUGCAACUGUUUAAUGUGGACUAUGUAUACACAGUAUAUGCUCUAAUAUGGCUCUUUACUCUACAGUGCUCAGAUUUAUGGCAUGAUGUCAUAUGAAGUUGGUCCUGUCUCACCUAUAAUCAACUAUUUAACGCCCACUUUGUUGACCAAAGAUAUGUAACCUCAUUAAACUGAAGACAGUGACAGAUUAACACCUUUUUUCUUAGGAAACAAACACUGUGCAUCAAUCCCUCCAUGGUGCUGAUGGUGCAUCCUUGAAUGGAUGCACAAGGAAGAUAUCAGAAUUUAAAUUUUUUGUGACCCAGAUGAGGUCAAACCACCUUUUUUCCCCCCUUCCUGCACAGCCAUGAGGUGUAAAUGUAAUAUGUUUGUAUAUAUGUAUGUAUGACAAAGUGAAUGAUAAAGGUCUUUUUUAAGGGUUCUCAGACAGUCCUCCCAGCAACUGAGGGGGGAAAAAAGGCCCUCUUUAUUUAUUUGUGUGGCUCCCCAGGGAGGACACUGGUUUAUCGGCCACCGGUGGCCCCUUUUUGGCUGUGGGGAUUUGCUUUGCUGGCUCUCUCCACCAAUCACAGCCUCUGAAAUGAAUGUAGGCAUUCCACAGUCAGUUGGAUGGUAGAAGCAGAUAGUCAGACGCCCUAAUGUAUUUUUAAACAAAAUGUAUAUAUAUAUUUUUCUGUGGGAUAUGAUCAUUCCACAAUUGUACAAUUCCUGAUAAAUCACCAAUCAUAACUACAUAGAUUAAUAUUUGAUUGUAAAGAUAGAGCAUGGCAGUAUUUGACAACUCUUGACCUGGAAGGGUAUAUAUGAGGUUUACAUUAAUAGUAAAUCCUUCUUUAUGAACAAUCCUAUUCUGCCAUAACACUUUUUGAGUUUCAUACAAAAUCUGCACACAGUACCUCUCAAAUGUUUAACUUCUGUUGUAUUAUAGCUGUUUUCAGUUCCCUACAAGCACUAUAAACUUACCUCUGAUCCAUAAGUACUGUACAUGUAUCAAUGUCUAAGUUUUAAAUGACUCAAGUAUGCAAUUAACUCAGUCUCUAAGGAAAGCUACCAUCCUGGAUGUACCAACAUGAUGGCAUGACUCUUGAUUUUCGUAAAAACAAUCAAGAAGAGUGGAACUAAAAUACCAGAAUCUGUCAGUAUUCAACAUAUGACUGCAUCAAAUAAAACAUCUAUAUUUGCCUUAUUUUAGAUUUCAAUUUUUCAGCAGUUGAUUUUCAUGUAGUGUUCUUGAGAUUUUCUGAAAUAAACAAAUUUACUAAUUAUUUGUACACUUGA